AAUCCAGGUCCUAAGAUCUGACUGGCUGAGCAGUGCUCGAAGCUGUAAUAGAAUACAUGAUAUAUGCACGACUUUGAUGGCCUCACAGCGACUGGACUGUUUCACUGCACCACUGAGUGCACUGAUGAAUCACAGACAGAGAGCAGGAUGGAGAUGAGGGAGAACAAAGAUGCAAGUUCAGAGAUUAUUGCAGACAGUAAACCUACGUCAGAUGAUGGUGACGUUUCGUGUGAAAACAUUUCCGCAAAUGAGGAGAACCUGAAGACUCGCGCGACCAGAAGCACCGAGGAAUCUGAGACCACAGGAAAUAAGACUAAAAGGAGCAGAUACUACAGACUGGCUGCAUUGUGUCUUGGGCUGCUGUGUGUUGUCCUUCUGGUUAGCAUCUUUAUUCUGAUUACAGAGAGAAACCAGAUAUGGACCAGUUACACCAACCUAAUUACAGAGACAGAUCAGUCACAGGCCAGUUACAACCUGACAAUGGAGACAGACCAGUUGCAAACCAAUUAUACCAACCUGACGAUGGAGACAGACCAAUUACAAACCAAUUACACCAACCUGACGAUGGAGGGAGACCAGUUACAAACCAGUUACACCAACCUGAAUACAGAGAGAGGCCAGUUACAGAUCAGUUACACCAACCUUACGGUGGAGGGAGACCAGUUACUGACCAAUUACACAAACCAGACUACAGAGACAGAACAGUUACAGGUUAAAAUUCAGCAAAUAGAAAAUGAAAAGGAAGAACUACAGAGCAGCUACAACACCUUGAAAAACCAGAUGGACCUCUUGCGGAAGGAGAAAAACAGAUUUGAGGAGAAGCUGGAUGACUUAUAUACGCACAAUAAGAUGGGAUGGUUGUACUUCAGGUCCCGUUAUUACUAUAUCUCUAAUGAGAGAAUGAGCUGGUAUGAUAGCAGACAGUACUGCAGAAGGAGAAGUGCUGACCUGGUGAUCAUAAACAGCGGAACAGAACAGGAUUUCCUCUCAGGUAUUCUACGCAAUGAAGACGCCAUUACAGCUUGGAUCGGUCUGACUGACAAGGACACAGAGGGCAGAUGGAAAUGGGUGGACGGCUCAAUGCUGAACUAUGGGUACUGGCGCAAUGGAGAACCAAAUAAUUUGUUUUUUAAUGAAGACUGUGCAGAGUUGAAUCCAGACAUUAAUAAGUGGAACGACAGGACAUGCUCUGCUUAUCAGCGGUGGAUCUGUGAGAAACGGGCUGAUUGAUAUACUUUCACAUUUUAUUGUUUUUUUUUAAAUAUCGCCUCUCUUUUUCAGUUUAUAUAGCUAAUUUACUUUCAAUUUGUUUUCCAAUUCAUGACUUGUGAAACCUCUCACAAAUAAACGAUGCAUGUCACAUCAUCAUCACACACACACACACACACAUGAAAUAUACUCAGGCACAUAUUGCUAACAGCACACUGCAUGUACCAACCUGUACUAAAAUCAUGAUUAUUUCUGUUAUGAGAUACUCAGAAUUUCAUGUAGAAAGUCUGAAAUAUUCUCUUAAGCACGACAUAUACAAAGCCAAGUAAUUACCAUUAAUCAGCUGUUGUUUUUGAAUUAUAAUCAUGGUAUGUCAUAUCAUUAUCUGUGCUUUAAACUUUCUCGCCCUUUCGACUUUUGCCGCAUAUGAGGAGGCAGGAAGAUGAGGGGAGAAGCAGGAUCUCAGUAGCCAAUACGAAAAGGCUGUUUUAUUUCUGUUAUGAUUGGUUACACAAAAAAAGUAUUCUUGUAAUAAAGUCUUUCUGUUGGUUAUAAUUUGUAGUAAAUCAAAGGAUAAACUAUUUGCUUUUAGCAUUCAUGACAAGUCAUUUUUGCCUAUGGGAAAAAUAAAUGAUUCUUGAAACUGACCCAUCAA